UUCAAGAGAGAUGCCUGAAAGAAGUGCUCUUGUCUGGGAGUCAAGUCAGGUUUCUGGAAAUUUUCUGAUGCUACCUCUCAUACGAGUAGCCCUUUUGUUACUGGUGGCCCCGGCUUUGGGCGAUGACACAGUGGCUGACGAUAUUGGUAGCCAUAUGAUGGGCCGCAUCUCGGAGCUCUUGUCCCCGGAGGAAUGCCAAGCGUUCAACACAAAACUCCUUGGGCCCGAGGAGAAUAUGCGAGAAGAGCUAGACCGGCUCUCGGAAGAGAAGAACCCCAUUGGAGCCCGCAGGCGUAGAGACAUCCUCAGCACACAGCAAUGCAAGGAGACACUGGAUCACUGGCUGCAAAUGGAAGGAGACACCAUGUACUGGGACCGCCUCUCACGUGCUCUCCAGGACAUCGGGCGCCCUGACGUCUCCCUGGAACUGGGCAAGAACCUCAACCAGGACAAGAACUUGGAGAUCAAGAAGAAUGUGGAGGAAUAUCAUGAGACCGUUAAGCACCUGACUUCUACCUUGCUCCUGGAAGAGAACGAGAUUGGGAUGGGCGAGAAGGAGAGUAGUGGACAAGGCCGAGCACGGCGAGGGAGAAAAGCCUCCAAGAUAAGGCGAGCACUGAGAAGCCUGGAUGAGCUAGAGCUUCUCAUUCAGAGAAUGCCUCUACCACCGUAUGACAGAAGUCUCUUUGAAUGGGUCAGACCAGUGGCCACGGGUGCCAUUGGUGGGUUUCUGACUUCCUUUGUGCUCGUGGCUCUAGCCGUCUAUAGUUAUAUCUGGAUCCUGAAUGAGGGACGCUCAGACAUCACUCUACCCAACAGGGACAGCAUUCCCAAGGUGACCUUAGAUUUACCUUCAUCCCAACCGGGUGGCAUCUACUAUACAUAUUUGCAGUUUGGCGAAGAGCGGAAAUACGACAGCAAGUCAGUUGCUGAAGGCGGUGACGGCAGUGAUGGUGGUGAAGCUGAGGACGCAGAGCCCCUUCUUACGUCAUAAAGCCAAUCUUCCUGUAACUAAUAUUGUGGGGGGAAAGGAGAAUAAAACAGAUAGACCAGAAA